CAUACCCAGUGGUCAGAAAAUAACUUCCAAAAAGCUCAAAAGCACUGACUCAUUCCUCUUUUUUCACUCUCUCUCUCUAUAAUGGAAAAACAUUUCAUCGCCGCCUCUUCGCCGCCGCCGUCAACUUCUCCGACCACCUUCGUUCAAGCCGACACAAAUUCCUUCAGAGACCUCGUUCAAAAGCUCACAGGCUUUGCCGGUGACUCCGAAAAGCUUCCGGUCACCCACCUCUCCAAGCUUUCCUCUUCCAAGCCCUUCCCUCCCCUCGCCGCCGACUACCAUACCGGUCCCCGUCGGUCUCCAUUCAAGCUCCAAGAGCGCCGCCACACAAUCCGUAAGCUAGAGAUCAAGCUCAGCCUCACCGGACCUUUCAAAAACUCGUCUCCGAGUCACACUCGCCGCGUCGACUCGCCCGUUCCGAGUCCAGUUACGCCUCUUGCUGCCGAGUCAUUGUUUUUUCGAAGACCGAGCGUGGCCUCACCGCUUUCGCCGCCGGUCACGGCCGAGGAUAAGGCCAUAGCUGACGGAGAAUUUUAUCUUCACCCGUCUCCGAGGAGCUCACAGCCACCGGAGCUCUUGAAUUUGUUCCCUUCUAAAUUCGCCAAGUGAUCAGCAGUCUCAAAAUGCAUAAAAUUACAUCGUCUUUUCUCCAUUUUUUUCCUUUAAUAACGUCUCUGUAUAUUUUAAUUUUUGUGCAAUUUUUUUAAUUUUCAAGGAUCCUGAGGUUGAUUAUUAAA